UGGUCCCAAUAGUUAAUUCCUUAUAGCCGUUUAUCUGAGAUGAGAAUGGACGGAGAUGUUGCUCUCCAGAUCCCCAAAGUCACUUUCUUUUAAGGCUUUCGCCAGAAAAGCUCCCAGACGGAGUCAACAGACAGCAAUUUUACAACCAGGCAGACCUGGAUUGCAAAAUGUGUGGGCAUAGCGGUAUGUGUGUGCAGAGAAAAUGCUAUUAUGAAGACACAAAUACUGCUUUCACAUAAGCAAAGCUAUAGCUAUUAUGAUUUAUUGUCCUCGAAAGGAAGAACUUCACUGAACACAACAGGACAUUUCUGGGGCUAAUAGGAUGCUGAAACCUAAAAUUUCAACUUGAACCACUGCCUGAAGCCAUUAAAUAAGAAGAGAAGAUGGAAUUGAGUCUGAGGCCAGCAUGGAACGGUGUAACAAUUCAUUAAGAGUGAACGGCAAUGAUGGUGAAGAGUCAAAAAUAGAACCUCAGAACUUUGAGCAUCUAACCUGUAUGGACUCUGGGGAUUCUGCCUUUGGACAAAAUGAUUCUCCUACUGUUUUGCCCAUCACUACUCCUGAAACAGAUUCACGCAUAUCACAGGAUGUGCCAGAGGCUCUGACUGAGACACAGACUCUUCCUGCAGAACAGUUCCAUGUACUGGACCAAAGUGGGCAACCUGUUCAAUAUGAACUUCAGUCAUUGGGAGACACUAACGCACAAGUUAUGAUCAUUGCCAGCCCUUCAGAAAAUGGACAGGUGCUUCGUGUAAUUCCAUCUACCCAGACAGGAAUGGGGCAAGUGAUCAUACCUCAGGAGCAACUUGUGGAUGUGAAUAGUCCUGAGGAUGCCUCUGAAGAUAAACCCACUGAUGGAAACAUACCAAUUGUGGUGACAGAUGGUCUAGAAGACAACACCAGUAAUUAUAUUCUUCAUUCACAAGCGUCCCUCACAUUGCCCAAAAAGUCAGUAACUAGAGUGCUUGAAGAACCCUUGUUGGCCCCUCUUCAGCCACUCUCCUCUAACACACCCAUAUGGGCCCGCCGCCUUCGGAGUUGUGAGAAAAUUGGAGAUUCAUACCGUGGCUACUGUGUAAGUGAGACUGAAUUGGAAAGUAUCCUAACUUUCCACAAGCAGCAGACACAGAGUGUUUGGGGGACCCGCCAAUCUCCAAGUCCAGCCAAGCCUGCUACACGCUUGAUGUGGAAAUCCCAGUAUGUGCCAUAUGAUGGAAUCCCAUUUGUCAAUGCAGGGAGUAGAGCUGUGGUAAUGGAGUGUCAGUAUGGGCCAAGGAGAAAAGGUUUCCAGUUAAAAAAAAUCAGUGAGCAGGAAAGCAGGUCUUGUCAUCUCUACAAAGCCACUUGUCCAGCCAGGAUUUACAUUAAAAAGGUACAGAAGUUUCCUGAAUAUAGAGUACCUAUAGAUCCCAAAAUUGACAAGAAAAUAAUCAGGAUGGAACAAGAGAAGGCCUUCAACCUGCUAAAGAAGAACUUGGUCGAUGCCGGUGGUGUUCUUCGGUGGUAUGUACAGUUGCCUACCCAGCAAGCUCAUCAGUAUCAUGAAUUAGAGGCUCCCUGUCUCCCUUUGUCACCAUCCCCUUUUCCUUUGUCUUCUCUUGAAGAAGAGGAGGCUGUGGUCAGAGAUGAGAACUGUGCUUUGCCUUCACGUUUACAUCCUCAAGUAGCACAUAAGAUUCAAGAAUUGGUUUCACAGGGAAUAGAACAAGUGUAUGCAGUAAGGAAACAGUUAAGAAAAUUUGUGGAAAGAGAACUGUUCAAGCCUGAUGAAGUACCUGAAAGACAUAACUUAUCUUUUUUUCCAACUGUAAACGAUAUAAAAAAUCAUAUCCAUGAGGUACAGAAAUCCUUGAGGACGGACGAUAUGGUAUAUAACUCAGAGAUUAUUCCAGCAACGCUUCAGUGGACUACAGAUAGUGGGAAUAUUCUCAGAGAGACUGUGACAGUUACUUUUGCAGAAGGAAAGAGAGAGAAGAGGAGAAUGGGCAUGCCAGAUGCAGGAAAUUCACCAGGAGACUCGCUUACCACUAAAGGGGGAACAAAUCAGACAGGGAUUUCUUUGUCUCCAGACUCAGCUCACUUGCUCUCCCCACUUAACUCAUUUCAGCCCAAAAUAUUUCCACAGCUACAGGGUUUGCAGUUACAACCAAAACUUAACUCUCCUGAUGUAUCACCAACUCUGAUGUCAGUAAAUAACCACCCCUCCUCCAGUCCUUCAAGACUUCUGGAUUCAGUAGGAAAUGCUGUCAUGAGUAAUAAUUCUCUCCUGCUUAGUCACAGUCAGAGCCUUCGAACAUGCCUAACUCAAGACAAUAGUACUGCCUCUACUGUGGGUAAUCUUUCUGGACCAGAUCAAAAUCUAGUUGCAAUGGGUCAGCUGGUAGAAGUUGGAGAUACUGAAGUUACAGAGAACCUGGAAGGAAGUGAACAUAGGAUUCUGUUGGGAGAUGUGCAGGCCAUUCCAAUACGAAUUAUAGAUAACCACCCAGCUCUUAUUGAAGAAAAUCCAGAAGAUAUGAGCCAAGUUAAACAAGAGCCCAAAGACUCAACAUUGUCUAUGGAAGCAAAAAAAUUUUUGGAGUUUAAGAAAUUAUCUGCCACAUAAAAAUUUUGAGAGCUUUCAGAAUUUACAACUCUAGUGACCUCUGAGGUCUUAGAAAAGAAGAUAUUGUCAAAGCCUAACAUUGUAAAAACUGAACUGAAGAUGGGUUUGAUGAGCAGCUUUGACUAAAAACUGGUAUAUUUGUUGCCAAUUCCAUAUUUUUAUGUCUCUUAAAAGUUUUGCUUUCUUAUUUUAUAUCAGUUCCUUUGGUUUUUAUUUUUUAGUUCCUUUGUUUUUUCAUUAUCUAAUAAGGCCAGUAUUUCAAAAGAGAUCUGACUUUACCCACAGUAAUUUACUCAGAAUACAGAGUUAUUUAUCUCAUCCCUGGAGAUAUCCAAUUUUAGUUCUUUAAAGACCAACAUGAAAGAUAGUGUAUAUCUGGGUGUUUAUAUGUCAUGUGUUUUAAAGUUGUGAAGAAAUGUUUAAUUUGACAAAUUAGGGAAUAAUUGUAAGCAAGAGAUGUGACAUAACAACACAAGGCCGGCCUGCCCCUCUGAAGACCGCAGCUGCAGGUCACCGCUUCUUCGUUGUGCUUCCAGCUCGAAACCAACCAUGUGUUUACGGCCCCUCAUAGUCGGCUCAGUGUGGUAAGUACUAGGUAUUAUAACUGAAUUAAUGAGGUAAGCAACACGUAUCGGUGUAUACUGCAUAAAUUUAUACUAUAUUAGAGCACCUUCUUGAACUAGAAAGAUGAAAAACAUCAGAGAAUUUGGAAAGAAAAGAAUUCUGUGCUGUUAGCAGAUAAUUUGGGAGAACUUCUGAUAAUAGCAGAAUUUUUUUCUUUUGUUUUGAA